AUGUCUAGUCGUGGCAAAAGUGGCAAAGCGAAGUCUUCUGGGAAGGCGAAGUCGCGCUCAUCCCGUGCCGGAUUGCAAUUUCCCGUGGGCCGCAUUCACCGUAAGCUGAAGAAAGGCAACUAUGCGGAGCGAGUGGGUGCAGGUGCGCCAGUAUACCUGGCUGCUGUGCUCGAGUACUUGGCGGCUGAAGUGCUGGAGCUUGCUGGAAAUGCGGCACGCGACAACAAGAAGACCAGGAUCAACCCGCGACACUUGCAGUUGGCGGUGCGCAACGAUGAGGAGCUGAAUAAGCUGCUGGCCGGAGUGACGAUAUCCCAAGGCGGUGUACUGCCGAACAUCCAGCCUGUGCUUCUUCCUAAGAAGACCGCCGAGAAGGCGUAG